AAAAGAUUGCAAACGUAACGAGCAUCAUUCUUUACAGCAUUGUUCUGCAUAUAGUACCCACUUGCCUAAUCAUACGCAACUCUAAGAAGCUCGAAAAAUGUGUUCUAUCAAGGUUAUCUUAAGCUUCGCUGUGAUUACAAUGGCGUCUGCUGGCCAUUUGGGUGGGUAUACUGGCUAUAAUGGUUACAGUGGGUUUGGAUCAGGCAGCGGAGCAGGAUUUGGUUACAGCGGCGGGGCACAUAUACCAAUUCUUCGAUAUGAUAACGUCAACAAUGGCGACGGAACCUACAGAUACAGCUACGAAACCGGCAAUGGCAUAUCAGCGCAUGAGAGCGGAGCUCCCCGAGCCCCAGGACCUGAAGGUCCAGCUGUGACGGCCGAGGGUGGAUUCUCCUACCGCGCUCCUGACGGUCAACAGGUCUCACUGACAUACACGGCUGACGAGAACGGAUUCCAUCCCACUGGCUCCCAUAUCCCCACACCACCCCCAAUCCCUGAAGCCAUACUCCGAUCACUCCAGUACAACAGGCAAAACCCGUCUUAUGACGGCUCCUACAACAGCGGGGCUUACAAUGGUUAUCACUAUUGAGUAUCACGACACGCGACAACUGUACUCCCACAUCAAUGAUAACGGACUGUGAUAUCUACUGAUACGACAUAUUUAUUGUAUAGGCUUUUAAUGUAAAUAAAUGCAUGUCUAUUUAUAGCUAUUGGCGCGAAAA